AUGAGAGAGCCAAGCGAUAACCUUCAACGCUAUAAAGGCUUGCUAUCCUUUCACUAUUAAGUGCGAGCCGUUUUCCCUGCUCUGUUACCAGCCUUAGGCAUUCCCGACUUCUUUGACAACCCUGAAGGCUAAGACUGCUCAAAGCCCACAGUGUUGACACCUAAUUUGAAAUGGACAAGCCAAAGCACAGCGUCAUAACAGGUUCACUCUUAGUCCUACAAGCACACUCGGUCCCAAGCCCGCAAUGUUACAGAGAAGUAUAUCACAUAUAAAAUGCAAGAACUUUCAUACAAUGCGCUACAACAGUUAAAUGAGGAAUACGAGAAAAAGAAGAUUGCAAACGAGGACUCCUAUAACACAGUCGAUACACAGUUUUCCUCUAAUUCAAAUAUCCAAAGUGUACAGACCAUUAAUGCUUACGCCAUCAAAAUUGCGGAGGCUAUAGAAGUUAUAGAAAUUGAAGAAAAAGUGAAAACAUCCAGUGCAUCAUCUAAUUACAUCUUGCAGUCUCAUUUGAAUCAGCUCCUAGGAAAAAGAAAAUAGCCAGAAAAUUUUUCUCCAUCUUACCUGGACUAGAUUAGAUCACCUUAAGUUAUUGGAUAAGGAUUUUAGACUUAUCAAACAAUUCCAAAUAGUCAAGUUUUGGGCCUGCCUAUGAGCACUAUGAGUCAUUAAAGUACUCUACUAAGACACUACUGGAAUCCAUAGAGAAGUUUUUCUGGCUCAGAGCCAAGCCUUCUCAAAAAUUCAAAUACCCAAAACUCUACGGCUUUACCGACUCAUCCUUCUCAAAUUAAUGAUUACAUCCAGGCACUCAACAAACCACAACCUAGACCCCAAGUUACCUUCCAAAGAUCAAACAGCGAUCUAAGAUCUGAGAUUAUGCAGCAACUUCCCCAAUCUCUAAAUCCUCAGAAUUAAUGCACCAUGACGUGUCAUUGCCAACUCAAUAAGAAUCUUUUAGAAUAUUUUGUUCAAAAUGAAUUGACAAAACUUCAGAACCCUACUGGAGUUUAAGGUAAAUAUUCUGAAUCUCAAAGAGAAGCUCUACUAUAAAAAGAUGUAAUUGAGCCUCUUCUUAUCUAACCCGUUGCUAAGCUAGAGGAAUAAAUCCUCUCAUCAAGCAGCAUUGAUGCCAAUGGAAAUCCUGUGGAUUAGCUAAGCAAAUAAGGACUUGAGAAUCUUUAAGAUUCAUAAUAAAAAGUAAUGGCAAUUACUAAAUGCCCCCAUGUAAAUAGAAAGCAUUAUGCCAAGGUAAAAUUCUUACAAUUUAAAAAUUCAUAUUAGAAUAUGUGCUCCAGCUGCUAUAGAAAGUAUGGCAGAAAUCAAAACGCUUGGAAUUGCCAACACAAUGAAAGGCUUCUCUAUUCAAUGGGGAUGUGCUAAACUUGCUACUUAUCUGACUACCACAAGGUAAAUUCUAGUUUAACUAAAUUAAUACAGAGAAAAUGCAAGACUUCUGGCAUUUUUGGUGCAGAUUAAAACAAAAAAUAAACUUCCACUAACAUGGCUUCUGCCAAUGCUACUGGUGAUAAGCAAUGCUAAGAAGAUGAUGAAGAUGAUGAUAAUGAGAAAGCUAAGAUAUGCUCUUUGAGUUUUGUUGCUGUGAGGCCAAGCGAUAUUGGUGCAAUCCUGCAGAUGGAAUGUUUGGAUCCAGCAAAGGAUGAUAAUGAUGAAGAUCAGGAAGGCCAGUAGAGGAAGGAGGGAGGUCAGGCUGUGAAUUAUGUUUGA